AAAAUUUAUUAUAUUCGUAUUAUAUUACGUAAUAUUCUAAUAAUAAAUACCGCAACAAAGGCUCUCGGUCACAGGUUAGAGCGCUUUGACAUUCCCAUCUCUGGAAUUUGGCGAUGUUUUUUGUCGAAAAGAAAAAAAUGAUUGCUUUGGUGUCUGAACAUUUGUUUUUUUAUAAUAUUUAUAAAAAAAGUUCCAUUAUGAAAAACCCAGAGUGCCCCUCUUCUUAAACGUCACCAAACACGGCGUACAAUAGCAUUCACCACUGCCAGCAUAAAUUUAGAUAAAAAAUAGAAAAUCAAAUAAUUUUCAAAUAAAAAUCAAUCAAUCAAUCAAUCCGAAAAUUUUAAUUCCUUCCUCUUUUUUUGGGACAAAUAAUAAUAAAAGUAAUAAAAAACCCUAUCAUAUCUUUUCUCUGCAAAAGCUGACCCGCCGACCUGACUCCUUCGAACCUCUGUCACUCGGAGCUCCAUUUCCCGCCCCGCCGCUUCGGCUUUUCUUUUUUCCUAGAAUUUUUAUAGAGAUUUAAGAAAAAAAUCAAGAAGAAAAAUGGUGAAGUCUGUGGCAACGCCUCAGCUUCAUCAAGAAGAAGAAGACGAAGUUGAUUACGAAGAUAAAGGGGAAUCAGUGAAAGUAGAAGGGAAAGGAUGUGAUCAAAAGACGAAUAUGAAUCGGACUAAGCAUUCCGAGACUGAGCAGCGUAGAAGAAGCAAGAUUAAUGGAAGAUUUCAGGCUUUGAGAGAUCUUAUACCUCAAAAUGAUCAAAAGAGAGACAAGGCUUCUUUUCUGUUAGAGGUCAUAGAGUACAUUCAGUUUUUACAGGAAAAGUUGCAAAUGUAUGAGGGAUCAUGCCAAGGGUGGAGCCAGGAGCCAACAAAACUGAUUCCAUGGAGAAAUCAUCACGGGCUUGCAGAAAGUUUUAUUGACCAUUCUCAAGUUAUAAAGAAUGGAUCUAGUUGUGAGAAUGAUGUUGUCAUUCAGUCAAUGCUUGCAAAUGCACAGAACUCAAUUGAGUCUGACUUGGGUAAUGCUGCAGUUUUUAAAGCACUGGAUCAUCCCCCUGGAUCAGCUACUUCUAUGGUUAACAUGCAGACACAAUCAAACACAUUUGCUACUCAUAGAAGAGUUAGCAUCCCGACACACUCUUUUCAUGAGUCCACUUCUGAUUCUGAGAACAUGGUGUAUCAACCUCAAUUCCAAUCAUGGCAAAGUAGUGAGUGUUUAACCGAGUCUAAUGUUCAAAAGAACUCAGCAAAUGAAGGGGAGGACUUGACAAUCAGAGGUGAAUCAGAAGUCUUGUCAAGCGCCUACUCUCAAGGGGUAUUGAACUCUCUGACCCAAGCUCUGGAAUCUUCAGGUGUGGAUAUGUCACUGGCAAGCAUCUCUGUGCAAAUUGAUGUUGGUAAACGAGUAGCUACUGGAGUGACUUCGAUGGCGUCCAGUUAUAAGGAAAGGGAAAUCCAAUAUACAAGCAAUCAAGUGAUGGCACAAACUGGAGUUCAUAGCUACACUGAGGAGUCUGAUCAGGCUUAUAAGAGGCGCAGAACAGGAAAAAGCUAGUAUACGAUUCUUUGUCCCAUUUUCUUCAUUCAGUUCCUUUUUCAUCCGAUUGGGGUGCUCAUUUUUACCAUGCCAAGGUCCACAGAUUGUUAUAUCUUAGACCAAAUGUAAAUGUCUAUGCUUCUUGGUUUGCCAGGUUGCAUCGAUUCUCCUAGGGGGAAGUUGUUAUAUAUUCUUUUAUUUGUACUUGUUUGAGACCGAGGCUUCCAUUCAUAUAUGAGAAGCUGCUUUAUUAUUGCUACUAUUAUUUAAUCACAGUAUCUUAAGAUAUCAUAGUAGAAAUGAGUAACAGUGUUUCCAACUUUCUAUGGAAAAGACAGCGUUAAUUUGGAUAUCAGAUCACCAUAUGUAUAUAGUUUAAUUAAUUAGUUAAUUAAUAUAGUCCUAGAUUUGGAUUUUUUUUUUUUUUAUCUUCCAUUGAGGAAUACAAUGUUUUGUUAUUUUAUAAUAAUAUAAUAGUAUUACUGUUUAGGCAUUUAUGGAAAUGGCAUUGUAUAAAUAAAACUAAAAUCAACCCUACCCCUGAUUAUUUGCCUAGGAGUGAUGAGUCUUGAAACCUAUAAAAAACUAAAAUUUCCAUUUUAUACAAGAAAAAAAGGAAAAGAAUGCAUGAUAGAGUUAAAUCCAUUGAUAAAAAGGCUGAAGAAGCGACAAAUGUACAAACAUUGAGCGGCAAAAUAAUGGCAACAAAUAUACUGCGAUCCUUCCUU